UUGAUCCUGUCAACAAUGGAGACGGCCUGUGCCAUUUGUUGGGUGAAGAGACCCCCUGUGGUGUCUCGUGGAUUGGCGUACGCGGGUUGUGUUACUUAUGAAUGAUGUCGAUCAGGACCUCUCGAAGAGGGAGAAACGAGACAUAUAAAGGGACUAGAUGUAUCCGUUUCCAGUCGUCUCCGGGAUAUGGGCGGUAUCUGCCACUGUUGGCGCGCAGCUCUCCGGCAGUGUUGGCCCCUUGACCUCCUAUUCGGACAAGGCGAAUGCCAAGAUCUGUGAUAUUUCCGACUACGGGGCGGUCGAGCGGCUCGCUCAGUAACGUGAUCUGGGAUACGGUCAUCCAACACGGGGGCAGUUAUCUGCUCAGCCUGACCGGGUUUUGGGGUGACCAAGGUGAUGGAGACGGGCUCGAGGUGUAUGACCUAACUUUUAUGAACUGGCAUGGAUACAAUUCGGACAAUUCGCGACCCACAAUCCGAUUGCUUUGCUCUGUGAAUGAUACAUGCGCAGAUAUUGUGGUGGACGACGUCGCUCUCUGGACUGAUAGCGGCGAUGAUGUCACCUGGACCUGCGAGAAUGCGUUUGGCAGUGGAGCUUAUUCGGAGUCCGAUGGCCAUGCUGGCGAUUCAUACACGACCACCACGACCAUUACCGCCACGCCGACGUAUUCAAUCUCGACGAUGGCCAAUGACCUAAGCACCCCAUUCCCUUCGACCCAGUCCUUUACGAUCUCGACGGUUCCCACUUCAUUCUACCCGGGCGCCACCCCCAUUUCAUCCUUACUCAAGCUAACCACCGCCGGAGGCCUGGCUUGAAAGCAUGGUGUCUCACAUGGUUAGGAUGAUUGGAUGUAGUCGAGACACCCUGAAGUGGAGAGUGAAACGGCAGGAUGUCCAGGAAGGUUAGUUACUGGUGGGCCUUAGGGGAGGGUGUGGGGGUCACGCGUGGCAUGCAAGAAAGAGCUGUACAGAUUACUCAUUAUUUAGGGAAUUGGAUA